AACAUGUUGAGUAUUGCGUGUAAUUUUGGCCAGGAAAUUAGUGUCGUGGAACCCAGUGAAAAGCAAUUAGUGGGUCGCAGUGAGGCACCCGCACACAGUGUUGGUGCUUGACAAAUAUGGGGGGAUGUCAUUUCUUAUCAAAGGGCACUGGAUGCGAAGUAGCGCUGAUAGUGGUGGUGGUGGUGGCGAUAGUAGUAGUAGUAGUAGUAGUAGUAGUAGUUGUUGUUGUUGUUGUUGUUGUAUUUGCUAGAAGUAGUGUUAGUGGUAGUGGUUGUUGAGAUAUGAAGUACGUAGUAACAUACUUUAAUAAGUUUUCGUGCUUGCCAAGGAUCUCACCUGGGAAGACCAGGAUGCGAGGGACUUUUGCUCCCCACGUGCCAUUUACAUCAUAAAACACCCACUGUGAUUUCGAACAGUAUAUGCAUAGUCAAAUAUGCAUUACACAUUGUAACCAAAAACUCAAAUAGAGCUAUUUUUGUUACAAUAUUACGUCCUUUAAACUCCCUGUCACUUUAGUCUCCAAUAAAUGCGUUCGUUCACUGUGGAUUAGUUAAGAUUUUCAUGUAGUCCCAGGGUUAGUGCAUCUAUUUCCCUAAAAGAAAACUAGUAUUCCCAGCGAGACGAAAUGGCUGGUGAUAUUCUCAAGUUUCAGUGCAGAGCCGUUGGUAGAACUUCCAGUCAUAGUUUGUUUGAUCCAACAUAAAAGUUCAGUGACAAUACAACCAGGAAAGGAAGACGGUAUAAUAUGAAGCUUUGAAUACGAGUAGAAUCCCAAUACCCGUAUUAAGUAGAUUAAAUGAGGCCGUAUAUCUUUGAGCAGUGUUUGUUUUGUGGUGAAAUCAAAUAAAUAUUGGAGGAAAUUAUAGCCUCUUGGUGACCAGUAGCCCUCUCUCCAUGUUGUGCGCUUUACGUCAGUCACGCAUACUGAUGAUGCCAGUAUGUGUUUUUGUCAGUGCCAUUAAGCAGCUUUUUAAUACUAGUUCUUGGAAGUUUAUUAGACAUGAAGUCGUGUUUGAAUGUAUGUUAUCUUUAUCUGGCUGCAAAACUGUUACACUUGAUUAUUACGGACUUUUGCAUGGUUUAUUUAUUUAUUUAUUUAUUUAUUUAUUUAUUUAUUUAUUUUAUUUAUUUAUUUAUCUGUAUCAUAUUUUUAUUGACCGUAUGUUUUAGAAGUUUAGAAAAUCUGAAUUUGAAACGUUCACAGUGUUACAACAGGUUUUAUUUAUGGCAUAGUGUAGAACUCCCUGAUUUGUUAUGACAACACCUCUGUGUUUUCCCAUCACCUCUUGAGUAUAUCAUUCUACUCGAGCCAGAUGUGUGGCGGGGAAAGGGGGGGGAAAACGUGUCCAGGUACAUGCGCACCCCAGGUGUCGAAUCUUUUCCUAGUAUUAGAUAUUGUUACUUCAUUAAGGUUCCUUAGGCAGUAUCUCGCCAGACUCGUGUACAGUACAGCGUCUUCAGAGAGACUGUCUUGGCACACGGGAUAGACACAGCGUGGGCUUUGGACUUCUCUAAAAACAAACUUUGAACGGAUAUAUUUUGACGCGCAUCACAUUGAGUACAGUUCCUCGUUGCGUUAUUUCCAUUUCCUCUUUACUCGAACUUACAGGAAAAUGAAAUAGCAUUCAGAAAAGAUACCCAGGCGUCGUGUUAGUGCAACCAUGGGAGUGCACCCAGCCAGAAUCCUUCGCCAGCGUAGCAUUCCUCCUCCUUCGGGACUCAGGCGCAGGGUAGGGGAGGAGGACCCGGGGUGGUGGGGGGCGGGGUCCUGGCCUGACGAGAAAAACCUGUCAGGAUGGAGGGCCGAGUGGAGGAGUAGAGGGAUGUGGUGCAGGGAAAUGGAAACCCCGGAAACGAAAGAUGACAACCCCCGCGUGUGUGAUGUCAUGUCCGUGAUGGUAUACGUGACCGUGUUCAUCUUGCUGCUGCUGUUUGCUGUGUUCAUGUCCUUCUUCACCGUGAUCUCAGCCACAGUGUUCCUGUCAACACUCACACCCAAGUUCUAUGUUGCUCUCACUGGGACAUCAUCCCUCAUCUCAGGUCUUAUAUUGAUUUUUGAGUGGUGGUACUUCAGGAAGUAUGGCACAUCUUUCAUUGAGCAAGUAUCCUUGAACCACCUCAGUCCAUGGAUUGGUGGAGGGGAAAACAAUGCUGCAGAGAGCACCACCACUAAUUCAAACAACAACAAUAACCAACAGAGUGUUCCAGAAUGUAAAGUCUGGCGAAAUCCCCUUAAUUUAUUUAGGGGAUCUGAGUACCAGCGGCUGACAUGGUCAACCAAGAAGGAGCCGCUGACUUACUAUGAUAUGAAUCUAUCAGCCCAAGACCACCAGACCUUUUUUACAUGUGAGGCUGAUGCUGGGAAACCAGAGUAUGAAAUAAUGCAGACAGCAUGGAGAGAAAGAAAUCCAGAAGUUCGAAUAAAAUCGGCAAGAUCUGCCUUGGAUCUCAACCCGGAAUGUGCAUCAGCAUACAUUUUGUUGGCAGAAGAAGAAUGUACAUCAAUAGUUGAGGUAGAAAAGAAACUCAAGAUUGCCCUGAAACAUGCUGAGAAUAAUUACCGGAAGUCACAACUAACUCAGCACCAAAGCAGUGCCAUGGAAGCAUUACACAGACGAGACACAAAUGUGUUCAUUUACAUAAAAAGACGCUUAGCCAUGUGUGCUCGGAAGCUGGGAAAGAUGAAAGAAGCAAUAAAAAUGUUUAGAGAGCUAACGAAGGAAGUGCCUCCCAUCAUGAAUGUGCUAAACCUUCAUGAAAACCUUUUAGAAGCACUCCUAAAGGUUGAGGCAUAUGCUGAUGCUCAGGCAGUGUUAGCGAAGUAUGAUGACAUAGCACUGCCCAAGUCAGCCACGAUAUGUUACACAGCAGCACUUCUCAAGGCACGUGCUGUGGCUGACAAGUUUUCUCCAGAUAUAGCCAGCAAACGUGGCCUCACUGCAGCAGAAAUGGCAGCAGUUGAAGCAAUUCACAGAGCAGUGGAGUUUAAUCCUCAUGUUCCAAAGUACCUGCUGGAGAUGAAGCCUCUCAUUCUCCCACCAGAACACAUUCUUAAGCGUGGUGAUUCAGAGGCCAUCGCUUAUGCAUUUUUUCACCUUCAGCAUUGGAAGAGGGUGGAAGGCGCAUUAAAUCUCCUUCACUGUACAUGGGAAGGGACUUUCCGAAUUAUUCCUUAUCCCCUGGAGAAGGGCCAUCUCUUCUACCCAUACCCCACCUGCACAGAGUGUGCAGACAGGGAACUCCUGCCUUCCUUCCAUGAAGUAUCAGUAUAUCCCAAGAAGGAGUUGCCAUUCUUCAUUGUGUUCACAGCAGGCCUGUGUUCUUUCACUGCCUUGCUAGCCCUUCUCACCCACCAGUAUCCUGAACCUAUGGGAGCUCUUGCCAAAACACUUCUUAGUUGGUGGUAUGUCCCAAUCCAGUAUGUGUUGGAGAAGCUGGAGGCUGUGCUGCCAUCCAACCUCCUCCACCAUUUAUCACGAAUCUGACCAUCAUAUUAUGGAAUGGAGGAGGAAUUACACAUCAUUUGCUCUAUCAUCAGCUCUCACUUUUCUACUCUACAGAAAUUGGUUGUAUUAAGAUUUGUGUCACACUGUGUAGCUGCGGACAUGUGAUCAACAAAGCCUGGCCAAGUUUCUGAAUAGUUAGAACAUUGGUCUGACUUGAUGUCUCUUGUUUCAGCUGCAUAUUUACUCUUAAACCAGUGUUGUGAUUUUCUUUUUAAGAAAUGAGUAGUACUUAAAUAUAUGCUUAAGUUAAUUGUUCUCUGUAAUAAGGGAAGAAGUACAGAGCUUAUGUGAACGUGAGCUAAAGCACAAAAAUGUAGAAAUUUCAUAUUGUAAGGCUUGGUUACUGAGUUUCUAAAAUUUUGCAUUGAUAAAACCCAUAAACAUAAUGCCAUUGGUUAAAUGCAUUCAGUUUAUAAGUCAGGUAACUAUGAUAUAAAAAAUGUUCACUCAUGUUACUACCAACAUUGUAUGUACCUGAAAUGUGUACUUGUAAUUCCUUGGCUAUUGAGUAUUACUGCUGCAACUGGGAAGUUAUGUACCAAUCUAUGCAAGUACAGUAUCCUUUAGGUUUGCAUGGUCUUAUUGAGACUGAAUCAUUCAUUGCAGUGAGUGAAGAACAAACUGUGCUCAUUGUGAAGACUAUGAAAUUGUCAUACACAAGUGAAAAGUACCUGCAUUUUAUAACCUCCCACUUCACUUCAGUUCUUGCAGCACAGAGCCCUCACGUGACGUUCCUACUAUGGUGAGCCCCCCCAAAAAAAACAGAUUGCUACACUUAGUUGACAAAGUGUACACAGGUCCACUCAGAUUCACACUGGCUUCGAGCAUAUCCCAUCAUCAAACUGCUGACGAAAAUUAAGUUUAUUAGCAAAAUUAUUUUAAUUUUUAUCUUAUUUAUACAUGCUUUGGCUUGUAUAUGUGAGGGUAUUAAUGGCUGAAGUGUGCAGGUUUUUUUCUUGGAGGAGUAUGGUUCCAACUCCAUAUAUGAUCAAAAUUCAUUGAUAAAUGCAAGUAUUACUUUCAGGCUUCACAUUUCUGUGGUGCAUAUGUGUUUUCCAAAUACAUACUAGGUUUUAUUUUGUAGUUAAUUUUCUUUCAUUCCAAGGUUUGGACUAAAAAUUCAGGUGCUAAGCACCCACACUUAAUGCUGCUGCCAUCAUGUCACUGGGAUUAUACAACCAUACAGUUACGGUGGACCUAACACUCAAGUAUCAAAUUUAUAUUCUUUGUUUAUGGAAUGCGUUGAUGUGCUCUUUGAAAACAAAAGUGAAAUAAGAUACAACAAGGACCACUACUGUUCAAAGAAACCAUCCAUUUGAAUAAAAACAUUAAGAUGUGUUUGUUCUUUGAUACAUUAAUCAGGUUUUCAUGCAUAUUACAAAUUUUAUCAGUUUCCCUGAGAAAUAUCUGCACCAUAUUAUGGUUUUAUUAUUUUGGCAGAAUUUUCUGUCAUUCAUAAGUGAAUACAUAUUAUUGUUUUAAUUUACAGGUAAGAUAUGCACCAUGAACACUUAGUUUGAGGUAAAUAUGUUUUCAGCACUACAUCACGUCAUAGAAAAGUGAUUAGCCAUUAACAUUCCAAGAUGAAAGGACCUCUUAAUACUGUGCAUGUGUGUGUAUCUGUAGGUGUGUGUGUGUAUAAGCAUAUGUGCUUUCAAAAUAGGUACAAAGGUUAAUCUGUGCUCCCUAGUUGGCUAUAAGGUGCUUUAUUUUAUUUUAUUUUAUUUAUUUAUUUAUUUUUUUCUUCUUUCGUCAGUUGCUCAGCAUCUUAAAUUCAGUGCCAACAACUGUCACAUCAGUCAGUGCAUCAAACCAUAGUUGCAUUUAUCCAGGUUGCCAUGAAUGUGAUCAGUCAGAGUAUCCUGGGGACCUGAAGAGAUACGCAUCCAUAUAGUCCUCAUUUAAUAUUAAGUUCUUAUGUACAUCAUUGAGCAACUAUGAAAAAAAUUAAAUCUUGGACUUAGUGACUGUUGCCAUUUAUUUCUUCAAAAAAAAUUUCAGAAGCAGAUCAGGAUAAUCAGUCAUCACCACUUAUGGCAGGGACAUCAAACAAACACUGAAACAUUUGUUUGAAAUGCAUUACAAAUUCUUGUUCUGAAAUCUUUAUGAGAAACCAGUAUACAACUUGAAAUGUAUAUUGGCUUAUAGAUUUUAUUUUGCAGGAAUAUUUCCAGAAACUGAUCUCAGACACACACACACACACACACACACACACACACACACACACACACACACACACACACACACACACACACACACACACACACACACAAUUGUGUGAUUACUGUUGAGAAAAUGGAUGUGGGAGUGAUAAGACAGGCAUGUGCAGCUGUGAGGUGAAUGACAAGUGGUGACUUUGUUUUCACCAUUACCUGUUUGGAAUUUAAAGGCACAGACAUUACAAUAGAUGGCUUUAAAGCCAAAGACAUCAAAGUAGAUGGCUAGGUGCUUGCACAUCCACACAUACACACACACACACACACACACACACACACACACACACACAGGCAUUUUCAAAUUAUUUGGAAAUAUGACAUUGUGAAAGAAUAUUUUGAGGAACUAUGCUCCAGAUUAAUGCAAAUACAUUACAAAUGUAUUGCAAGCAUACAUAAGUAAUGUAUGGUUUGGUGAAUCAUUAAUAUAUUUUUCUUUAGAAAUUUUAAUGUGAUGAAAUGUGAAAUUUGAGAAGUAGAACAAGCCAAUGGAAAGAACCAUCUUCAUGAUCACCUUGUGAUUGGUGUAAUUCUUCUCUCAUUGCAUUGAAUAAUUAUUAAAUGAUAUUGUAUGUGUGAUUAUUUGAUGGAAGAUGCUGGAACAGAUUCUUGCAGCAGUUUGUACUCAACUGUUUGUCUGAAUUUGUGAUGAAAUGUAUUGAAGCCUCAUAUGAAUGUGUUUAGGUGCAGGGAGGAGUAAUGACAAAUCUCAUGCCACCAGAAAUACUAAAGCAUAAUAGAUGAAUUCAUCUGAGUCCAUGUCUUUAUUUUUAGUUUGGAAAGUAUUGCACUUCUUUCAUGACUAAUUUGUGCUUUGUACCGGUGACCAGUAAGCAUAAUGUCAGUGGUAGGCCUGCUAGCACAAAACACACCUCAUAAAACAAGAAUUGCUGAAAUUUACAUCACAGCCAAUAAUUUAUUUUUUCUGUCAUGCACAAAUUAUGUCGGUGUACAAAUAUCUUAAGAACUGUGCAUCAUGUAUAUUAAACAGGAAAAUUAUUUAAUGAAUUUAGUUUUGCAUUA